AUGAAUCGUAUGCCCCCCCCGGAAGGGCAUCAUGCGCACGCGGGUCCGCAUCCAGCAUACGAGCCAUCAUGGCGCCCUUCAUACCCCCCGACGUUCGAUAACCACCCCUCCGACUCCCGCCGCUCCUCCGCAACCUCCCAGACACCCCUACCACCGCAGCCGCCAGGAUACCCCGUGAUGCCCAACCGUGAACUGCCACAGUUAACAUCGGAAGGCCCAUAUGGUCGUCCGAAUGGUCAUGGUCAUGGCCUGCCCCUGCACGCGCCCGUGCAUUCCCCGCAGGACCCAAUUCCCCCUCACCCAAACUUCCACCAGCCGAUGAAUGGCGCGCCGCACGAGGGCUCACCUGAUUAUCGCGCUCGUAUGGGCUACCCACCCCCGGAUCAGAUCAACAGCGCCGAACAUACCCCCGUAUCAGGCGCCCUACCUCCUGCUUCACAGUUCAUGACGCCCGGUGCUCAAAUGACGAGUGCUACGCCGCCUGCCGGGUAUGAUCAGGCAUUUUACCCAAAUCCGACGUUUGGUGCACGUCAGCGUAAGGCGAACAGAGCUACGCAGGCUUGUGAUCAAUGCCGAGCUAGGAAAGCAAAGUGCGAUGAGGGACGUCCGAAUUGCAGCCACUGCAAAGAGAACAAUCUUGGCUGUGUCUACAAGGAGGUGCCGCCACACAAACAAGAAAAGACUACCCAACUGGUAUUGGAUCGGCUGUCCCAGAUAGAAAGCCGCAUGGAGGAGCGUGAGAACCGCAGGGAGGAGCGUGACAACCGCAUGGACGAGCGUUUCGAAAAAAUGCAAAAGCAACUGCAAGAGCAAAUGCUGCUCAACAAGCCGGGUAAACAGCCACUUCAGACUAUCCAAGAACGUCCUGCCCUCCCACCGCCACCACCACCGGUCAUCAAGCAGGAUCCGCCUCUCAAAACGGAGAUGCCCCCGACCCAGGCCUCAACUCCAAAUGUUUUGGAUCCCGGGAGUCAGGAUGUAGGCACUUCAAAAUUUGGCCAGCCGGUUGGAGCCAUGGACCCGAUGCUCGAGGAGCAGAAGGAGGCCGAGGGAGAGCUCUCUAUCCCAGUGGAGCACACCACUGCGGCUCACAAGCUAUUGAUGUGGCCGUCCAUCAAGAGGCUGCUCCACCCCGCGUUGUAUGACGAGGAUUAUGUGAUGCGAUUGGAAGAAGAGCGCGGUCUGAUCAGUAUAUACGGCCAAGGCGAGAUCUCAUUCACUGCCGAUGACAGUGAAUUACCAAUGGGCUCCAAGGAUACCCGACCCGGCGGUGCGCGACCUGAUGGGGAUGGUGCAGGGCCAGAUGCUGACGUCGACAUCGACGAAUUUGGCCACAUGAAGCUGGAUGCUACGACUGCAAAGCGCUACUAUGAUAGCUACAUCGCGCACAUGUUUAAGCUUCACCCAUUUCUUAUGGAGGGCGAACUCAAUCUCAAAGUCGAUAGCUUCAUCCGAUGCUAUUGCCCACCCAGCACAUCACCGAGUUCAGCUUCCAAUUACACACGAUUAGUUCGCGAUGCUCCGCCGCCAGCCAAAAGGAGGCGAUCAAACGAAAACUUGGGUGCGCGGGGCGAGUUCAUGGAGACAAUCUCAAACCCGGUGCGGCCACGAGUCGGUAAAAAUAUUGACAAUGCCUUGGUCAUGCUGUGCAUGGCCAUCGGAGCUAUUUGCGAAGCUGGUGCUCCUCUCCCUGGUCCUAUCAUGGACAAGAAUAUCGACUACCUCCGCCAGUCCAUUCCUGCUCCGCUACUACCAUUUGUUCCCUCGCCAACUGUAAAUGGGACAUAUGUCACCAAUGGUGUGCUCUCCCCUGCAAACUCUGACUCGGCGGCCAUGCCAGUGUCGCUUACGCAUUCACUGUAUGGUAUGCCGAUGCAGGCUAAUAACCAAUCUUUUCCAUCUGCUCCAACGGAAAGACUGCCAGGCCUGUCAAGAAGAGAUGUGACAAACACGAACGAUACACAAGGGAACAAAAAGAACUACCAGGCCAUCCCUGGCCUGACUCUCUAUGGAUACGCGACCGCAAUAUUGGGUCACCUGCAGGGUGGCAACGAGCUAGAACAUGUCCAGUCCGGGCUGCUUGCCGGACUUUAUGCCGGCCAGUUGGCCCAUCCUUUCCAGAGUCACAGUUGGAUUUCUCAGGCCUCAAGGGCUUGCCAGGUGCUUGUGAGAACCAAGCGAUAUGAGCGACUCGAAGAGGGGCCUUUACAGGACUUGUACAACUUCGCGUACUGGACUUGUCUGCAAUUGGAGAGUGAUCUUCUCGCGGAGCUGGACAUUCCAGCGAGUGGGAUCUCCCGCUCCGAGGGUCGGAUGGCUAUUCCGAAAGGAAAAUGGACAAUCGUUCUACCAAACGAUCUCAACGCACCCCAAACGAUGAUGAUGCUGUUCUAUUCUGCACAAAUUCAUCUACGCAAAGUUCUAAAUCGAGUCCAUACAGACUUAUACAAGGUCGAAAAGCAAGGCCAGACGCGAUGGUCAUCCACCGUUCAAGAAGCUCUGAGCCUGAAUCUCGACCUCUGGCGUAAAAGCCUACCACAAAGCAUGCAGUGGGAGGAAAACGACCCGCCAGCAAACGAAAUCAACGCCGCUCGCAUGCGUGCCAAGUACUACGGUGCCCGGUAUAUUAUCCACCGACCUCUUCUCUACCACGCACUACACUACGGCCACACAGGUGCCCGCGUCGGUCCAGUCGGCCAGUCUUUAGUGGACUCGCCUACCUCGCAACAAUUGUCGCCCUCAAUGCUACACAGCGCUGCUCGAGCUCCGAACAUGGCGCGUAUGUCUAGUGACAUGGGCUCUAUGCCGGCCGCAGUCUCCACUGACUGGCAGCCCCCUAAAGUCCGUUUACACGAGCUGCCGAAGAAGCUGAAAGCUGCCUGCGACAUCUGCGUUAAAUCGGCUAUCAAGAGCACAGAGGCGUUUGACGGUGUAGGCGGACAUCGGUUGGUCGUUACCAACAUCUUCGGCACUGCCCAUGCGCAAUUCGGCAAUAUGCUCGUCCUCUCUGCCACUUUUAUGUCAAGUCUAAAGGAGCUUGUCGAGGCAGAUCAACUCGAGCGCCUCCUCACACGCACAAUAGGCUUCCUCAUCCAAAGCGAAAACAUAUCCCCCACCCUCCGUGCCGAUGCUCGCAUUCUCACUGAGAUCCACCGGAAGAUCUUCGGUCGUCUUCCUGACAUGGGGCAAGCCACCAGCAUGAGCAGUCAUACUCCGAGCAUGAGCAGCCAUACCACCAGCAUGAGCUUCCCUUAA